UAAACCCUAAAUUAUGAUUAUAAAUAGAAGGUAUAGACAAUGAUCGAAUAGUAGAAUAAUCAGAGUAGAAAAGGAGAUCCAGGCAAUGGCAAUCCGUUUUAAAGAGACGUUGUUUUCAAAUGGAGAUGUUUAUAUCGGUAGCUUCAAAGAUAACCUUUAUCAUGGCAACGGAAAGUAUACAUGGUCAAAUGGAACAAUAUAUGAGGGUAAUUGGGUUGAUGGAAAGAAGUCAGGAAAAGGAAAUGUCACGUGGCCAUCAGGAAAUAAGUAUAAUGGUGAAUUUUAUAAGAAUUAUCUCAAUGGCAACGGAAAGUAUACAUGGUCAAAUGGAACAAUAUAUGAGGGUAAUUGGGUUGAUGGAAAGAAGUCAGGGAAAGGAGAGGUCACAUGGCCAUCAGGAAAUAAAUAUGAUGGUGAAUUUUAUAAGAAUUGUUUCCAUGGCAAAGGAAAGUAUACAUGGUCAAAUGGAACAAUAUAUGAGGGUAAUUGGAUUGAUGGAAAGAAGUCAGGAAAAGGAGAGGUCACAUGGCCAUCAGGAAGUAAGUAUGAUGGUGAAUUUUAUAAGGACUGUUUCCAUGGCAACGGAAAGCAUACAUGGUCAAAUGGAACAAUAUAUGAGGGUAAUUGGGUUUAUGGAGAGAAGUCAGGAAAAGGAGAGGUCACAUGGCCAUCAGGAAAUAAGUAUGAUGGUGAAUUUUAUAAGAAUUGUCUCCAUGGCAAAGGAAAGUAUACAUGGUCAAAUGGAACAAUAUAUGAGGGUAAUUGGAUUGAUGGAAAGAAGUCAGGAAAAGGAGAGGUAUCAUGGCCAUCAGGAGGUAAGUAUGAUGGUGAAUUUUAUAAGGACUGUUUCCAUGGCAACGGAAAGCAUACAUGGUCAAAUGGAACAAUAUAUGAGGGUAAUUGGGUUGAUGGAAAGAAGUCAGGAAAAGGAGAGGUCACAUGGCCAUCAGGAAAUAAGUAUGAUGGUGAAUUUUAUAAGAAUUGUCUUCAUGGCAAAGGAAAGUAUACAUGGUCAAAUGGAACAAUAUAUGAGGGUAAUUGGGUUGAUGGAGAGAAGUCAGGAAAAGGAGAGGUCACAUGGCCAUCAGGAAAUAAGUAUGAUGGUGAAUUUUAUAAGAAUUGUCUCCAUGGCAAUGGAAAAUAUACAUGGUCAAAUGGAACAAUAUAUGAGGGUAAUUGGGUUGAUGGAGAGAAAUCAGGAAAAGGAGAGGUCACAUGGCCAUCAGGAAAUAAGUAUGAUGGUGAAUUUUAUAAGAAUUGUCUCCAUGGCAAUGGAAAAUAUACAUGGUCAAAUGGAACAAUAUAUGAGGGUAAUUGGUUUAAUGGAGAGAAGUCAGGAAAAGGAGAGGUCACAUGGCCAUCAGGAAAUAAAUAUGAUGGUGAAUUUUAUAAGAAUUGUCUCCAUGGCAAAGGCACUAAAACUUGGAAGGAUGGACAUAUCUAUAUUGGAAACUGGAAUAAAGGUAAAAAAGAUGGAGAAGGGAUUAUGAAGUGGGCUAAUGGUAGUGUUUUUUAUGGUAGUUGGUCAAAUGGAUUUCAGAGGUAUGGAGUUUGUAGAUAUGCAAAGGGAGAUGUCUAUAUCGGCAACUUCAAGAAUAACCUUCACCAUGGCAACGGAAAGUAUACAUCGUCAAAUGGAGCAAUAUAUGAGGGUGAUUGGGUUGAUGGAGAGAUGUCAGGAAAAGGAGAGAUCACAUGGUCAUCAGGAAUUAAGUACGAGGGUGAAUUCUAUAAAAAUUGUUGUCAUGGUAAAGGCACUCAAACUUGGAAGAACGGAUGUAUCUAUACUGGAAAUUGGAAUAAAGGUAAAAUAGAUGGAGGAGGGAUAAUGAAGUGGGCAAAUGGUAGUGUUUUUGACGGUUGUUGGUCAAAUGGACUUAAGAGGUCUGAAGUUUAUAGAUUUGCAAGUGGAGAUGUCUACAAUGGUGAAUUCAAAAGUGACAUUUUCGAUGGGAAAAAUAAACCUAUCGUAAAGCAAGUAAAGAAGAGUUCACGUAUAUGGAUAUUUUUAAAGACUUUCAAAUCUAAACUGGAACUUAUUGUGCAACUUUGCAGCAGCGAUGAUGACAAUAUGAAAAGAUCAUCUCAUUGAUGUUCUUAACACACACUACUGAAGAACAUGAUGAUGAGGGGAGGACCAGUUGGUACAAGAGGAGCAGACUUCACGGGGAGGAUUUUAGCAGUUAGUUGUUUUUGGAGUGUUUUAUGUGUUUGAACUCUAGAUUUUUUUCCAAUUUUAAUUUUUAUAUUUCGUUAUUCACAUUUUACCUUGUUGAGUGUUAAAGAUUAUAGACCUAUCUU